UUAUGUAUGAAAUAAAUAGGCUUAAAGGCAGACAUCAAAAACGUGGUGACAUAACUCUUCCAGGAACACCUCAGUGCCUCGAUAUUAUUGGAGACAAACUGUGUGUUGGCUUCCAGUCUUCCUUUUGCAUGUAUUCUCUCCGUUCUGAUACAGCACCAGUCUGUUUGAUUAAUUCUGACUGCAGUUCUCUUUCUUAUCUUGCACAUAAUGCAAUGGAUGCAUUAGUAUCUGUGGAACUUUCUAAUAAUGAAUAUUUACUUGUAUUUACUCAUCUUGGAGUAUAUGUUGAUUCACAAGGUAAAAAGACAAGAGAACGUGAAUUAAUGUUUCCAGCAAUACCAGUUGCUGUCAGUGUUUCUGAUGGUUAUCUCUGCACUUAUAGUGAAACUCAUAUAGAUGUGUUUGAAAUAGCUACUGGAGAUUGGAUCCAAACUAUUAGUUUAAAAAAAGCAAAACCUUUAUGUCGAACAGGAAUUAUUGGAUUUGUUUUAGCUGCAGAUCUUCCUCAUAUAAUUUAUCUUCAUAAUAUUCAUUUUCAUGAAAAUUUAAUACGGGUUCCAGAACAUGGAGGAGGACAACUUCGUGGUCGAACAGCUAAAGCUGUUCUUGCAAGAACAAGGCGUCGAUUCUCAAUGAGAGAGCCAGAUAAAACAAAUAAAUCUACUACAGAUAGACGUUCACGAAUUAUUUCUGGGCCUACAAAUUUCAAUCAUAUUUCCCACAUGGGACCUGGACAGGGUAUACAGUUACAAAAACUUAUAGAUAUUCCUAAGGUUAGAGUUUUUCAUUUUUAAUUUAUAUGUAUAAUUAUGUUUGUU